AUGGACACUGUGGGCCGCUCAACGCUCCAGCUCACUGCAUUGAACGUUGUCGAUGACUUCCGCGGCAAGGAGCUCGUCGUGACUUAUGAUUACCCCUUCCUCGCAGGCUUCAGGAAGCCUAUUGUCAUCUUCAGCUCCCUAAUGGCAACCUUCGGCGUCGCAUACCUCAUUAGCAGACUCGAUGUCAGCAUCGGCAGAAAAGCGUAG